AAUCGUUCAUUCAGUCGAUAAAUACCAAUCGAGUUGACGUUAUUGUUUCUUUUCGAAAAUUGCUUUUUGUAGAAACUCAUUAAACGUUACCAUUACCGGAAACCGUAAAUUUAAGAAAUUAUUUUCGCGACGCUGCUGUCUUAUUCCGAUUAAUUUAGUGUUAAAAUGUCGGCCUUAAUUGUGUAAAAUGUUGUAUUGUUAUUUAUUGACACGAUACCUGUGACCUGCUGUAAUUUUUUUGGAUUUCGAUAUGGGAAUAAGUCGACUAAAUUGCACUCCACCGGCGAUUGAUGAUUUUCCAAAGGAUAUAUUUACUGAGGAACAAAGACAGGAUGGCGCAGUAGUACUACACAUAAUCAUAUCCUUAUAUCUAUUUGUAGCCCUUGCGGUUGUAUGCGACAAAUACUUCGUACCUGCUGUAGAAAAAAUAUGUCAAGCUUUAAAUAUGUCAAACGACGUUGCCGGUGCAACGUUUAUGGCAGCAGCAACUUCUGCACCUGAACUUUUCGUGAACGUUAUUGGAACGUUCAUUACAGAAGGUGAUAUUGGUGUCGGAACGAUAGUUGGGUCAGCAGUAUUUAAUAUUUUAGCCGUGGCGGCUUGCUGUGGAUUAGGAGCUGGAAUGUCAGGUGUUCAAGUUGUGCCGUUGGAUUGGUGGCCUUUAACCAGAGAUUGUUUGGCUUACGGCAUUACAGUUUCAAUUUUAAUCUGCAUAAUCCACGACGAGCGCGUGGAAUGGUAUGAAGCACUGUCGCUAGUUCUUCUCUACAUAGUGUACAUCCUCAUUAUGUAUUUCGACAAGUCAAUUCAACGGUGCGCUCGUGGUGGACUCAGAAGUGCACAAAAACGGCGGCAAUCCUAUCAGUCUUCCAUUUCAAAAUCACGUGCACACUCUUUAGAGGCGGCAGAGGCGCAAAUACCUCUCAAAAUAGAAAAAGAAAAACAGGUGUGUGAUGGGACACACGUUAACUCGGACGAGUCGGGCAAUUGCACGCAAAUCGGUCCGGGUGCCGUCGCGCAGUUAAACGGCACCAUUAAAAGCAGCGAGCUGCCUAACGUCGAGGAAAGUCACGACACCAGCAAUCAGCAUUCUCUUUGGAAGUGGCCGUCGAAACAAGGGAAAUUUACAAAGUUCACGUGGAUCAUUACAUGGCCGAUUUACUUUGUGUUUUUAUUCACAAUACCGGACUGUGAAAAACCUCGCUUCAAAAAAUGGUUUCCUUUAACUUUUAUGAUGUGCAUCAUAUGGAUAGGUUCCUUAUCAUAUGUGGUAGCUUGGAUGAUUACGAUAAUCGGGGAUACACUGAAAAUUCCAGAUUCCGUGAUGGGUAUAACAUUUUUGGCGGCUGGUACAAGUGUACCCGAAGCAGUUUCCAGUGUGAUUGUAGCUAAACAGGGUCAUGGAUCAAUGGGUAUCAGUAAUUCGAUCGGAUCGAAUACUUUUGAUAUACUACUUUGCUUAGGAUUACCCUGGUUCAUAAAAGCAACUUUCAUGCCAACCAUACCAGGAAAGCUUUGGGUUGGCAUUAACUCUGCGGGCAUUGAGUACAGCGCAAUAUCGUUACUCUCGACAUUAUUGAUGCUGUAUAUCGCAUUUUCUUUGAAUAAAUUCAAAUUAGACAAGAGAGUCGGACGAGCUUGCUUAUUGAUGUAUGCGGCGUUUUUAAUAUUAGCUAGUUUGAUAGAAUUAAAUGUAUUCUUUAGAGUUAAUUUGCCAACAUGUGGACGAUGAACUUAUACACUUUUUUUAAAUUUUUACACAAAAUUUAGUUUGUGAUUUAUACAUAAACGUAUAGAUUCAACAUGAAUGAAAACGUUUGAAUCGGCUAGGGUAUCUGUUUUGUACUAUUAUAGAUUUAUAAGUAGUAAUUUGUAAAUUAUGCACCAAGUUUCUAUCAACUAUGUUACCUACAAUAACAUUCUAUCGUAUAGAAAAGAAAAUACUCAUAUAGCAGAGCGCCAUAACUUAAUUAUCGGUUGCUAGACAAAUCCAUUAUUAUUUAAAGACAAACUGAAGCUACGUUCGUGAAAUGGAGUAAACCACCGAAGCGAAAAGAUGAAACCUAUAAGAAAUAUUGUGUACAUACUUAGAAUUAUGUUAUUUAAUAUUGUUACCAUUUCCUAUGACAUUAUAAUGUAGGAAUACUGUAGAUUUAAUUCAUUAUGAUUAUAUUUAAGAAAAAAAGUAUACAAAUAAAACUUAUGGCGAAGUUUAAAUAGA